AUGAAAAACAGGCCGCAGAUACCGCCUACGAUAUCAGGUCAUGGGCACAACUUUCGUUUCUUUUCUUUCAUUCUUUUCUUUUUCUUUUUUUUCUUCCACUCCUCCUUGCGUUUAAUUCUUACUCACUUUGCAUUUGGCUACCUUCUCCUUAGCUGCCUUCACAAAUGGGGCUCUCCACUCAUUCCUUUACAUACAUCUAUCUAUGUAUCUAUCUAUCUAUCUAUCUAUCACAGUUCCUUUACAUCUAUCUAUCUAUCUAUCUAUCUAUCUAUCUAUCUAUCUAUCUAUCACAGUUCCUUUACAUCUAUCUAUCUAUCUAUCUAUCUAUCUAUCUAUCUAUCUAUCUCAAUUCCUUUACAUCUAUCUAGCAUGAAAUUGGAACUAACGAUAACUUAUUUUCUUUUUUUCUUUAUUUCUUGCCUUUCUUUUUCUUUUACUCUUUCUUUUACGCCUUCAUUUUCUCUUUAUUUUCCUCGUUCUUUUUCUUUUUCUUUUUAUUUCUUUUUCCUUUUUUCUUUGUUUCAUUUUUCUAUCUUUUUUUCUUUUUCUUCUUUCUUCUUUUUCUUUACAUACUCUCAUUUUCAUCACUCAUUAAUUUCCUUCCUUUUUUUCUCUUCUCAUAAGUUUAAUUUUAAUUUAAUUUUCUUUCUUUCCUUCUCUUUCUUUUUCUUUCUUUAUUCCUUUCUUUUUUUUUUUACUGUUCCUUUUUUUUUUUAUCUUUCGUUUUUUUCUAUCUUUCUUUUUACAUUCUUUCUUCUCUCAUUUUUCUUUUGUCUUCAUUUUCCUUCUUUCUUCAUUUUUCUUUUUUCUUCUUUCUUCUUUUUAAUGUCCUUCCUAUUUUUACUUCUGUUUUCAUUUAUUUCACAUUUUCCUUCCCUCUUGCUCAUUCUUUUACUUUUUCAUACAGCCUUCAUUUUUCUUUUUCUUUUACAUUACUUUUUCUUUUCUUUUAGAAUAAAUACUUCCGGUCUUUUAAUCUGUAAAUUUUUUGCAUCUUCAUUUCCCCCUCUUUUUUUUUCUUUCUUUCUUUCUUUCUUUCUUUCUUUCUUUCUUUCUUUCUUUCUUAUUACUUUUUUCUUUUACUUUCUAUUCAAUUCUAAAUACUUUACUGUUUACUUCUUUUUUAUCACACUUUUUGCUUUUUUAUUUGCUUCCCACAAAUCAUGCAUAUUUACUCUCAUUCUCUGCACUCAAUUCCUUUCUUUGCACCUCUCCAAAAUUUUCUCAAAUCCUUAUUCUCGCCGCCUUACUGCGAGAUAUUAA